UCGUGUUCGAGGAAUAUUGGAACAGAACCACUCAGUACGUCGCGGAAGACUGUAGCCAUUGUUGCUGCUGCAAUCAUUCGUUUCUAGAUCUCAGAUCGUCAUGGGCACGGAAAGCCAUCCGAUGGUACGAAACUUGAGGAAAACGUCGGUGGAGCUCGGUACGGGGCACUGAUACGAUAUUAGUGCGAGAGAUUAACGUCCUUAUUCCUAAGUGUGUGGAACUAGUUGGUCGGGCCGCGUCCGCGUUCGUCGCGUAUGCGAACCGAGCGCUCGCGCUCGCACGAGUGAGAGUGAGUGAGUAAUACGGUGGGGCACACUCGGCGACGGCCAUAACACCGACCAACCAAACUAGUGAGCAGGGAGAAAGCGUAGUGCGACCCAGUGUCCAAGACGUAGUGCUAGUGCUUUUGGAUAAAAUUCUUGUGAAAAGUGGACUUCCAUUGAUCAGAUGUUGCUAAUGUCGCGAGUCUUGGCUGGAGGUACGGAGUCUCACAUCAGUGUACAGGGCUGACAUUCAAAGUACUACCGUUUGGUAGGCUUGAGUAGUGUUAUGCCUCCACGGCACCAAUCUCCCUGGUUGCAGCGCAAUCAUCUUGGCAAGCAAUUAGUGAGCUACCAUGCUCAAUUCAGAAUAUAUCCUUGCCAUCUCGAUUGUUGAUGAAGCCUCAUAGCGUCAAGCAUCAACGUAAGGCAGUUACCUGCUGCAUAGCAUUUAUGUACCAUAUAUGUCGGAAAGAAACGCAGCCAAGAUGCAGCAGGUGGAUACUAUCUCGCAAAAUAAUUCAUUAGAUGUGGAGGAGCGAGAAAGGCUGUGUAAUAUACCGAAGACGAGUGCACCUGGUAAGACAACGACUACACCAGCAACUCCUGCAAAGGAACCACCACCACGUGAUGAACCACCCGUGGAACCUGUGAAUGGUGUAGUCCAACCACCUGUUGUGCCUCCACCUAAUCGCCCAGGGCGUGUUACCAAUCAAUUGCAAUUUCUUCAGAAAGGUGUACUCAAGCCAGUAUGGAAGCAUCAAUUUGCAUGGCCUUUCCAGCAACCUGUAGAUGCGAAGAAGCUCAAUCUGCCAGAUUACCACAAAAUUAUAAAGCAGCCAAUGGAUUUGGGCACAAUCAAAAAACGAUUAGAGAAUACGUAUUAUUGGAGCGGUAAAGAAUGCAUUCAAGACUUCAAUACAAUGUUCACGAAUUGUUAUGUUUACAACAAACCUGGAGAAGAUGUUGUGGUUAUGGCACAAGCUCUCGAAAAAUUAUUUCUCACAAAGGUUGCACAAAUGCCAAAAGAGGAGGUGGAACUUGAACCCCCGGUUCCAAAAGGACCCAAGGGCAAAAAAGCUGGCAGAGUUGGAGCACCAGUAGGUGGUGUGGCAGGGGCUGCAGGAGGCACAGGUCGAGGUCGACCUUCCUCUGGUGCAGCUGCAGUUACUUCCAGUGUACCAAAUAGCCUAACGCCUUCAGCUACAUCAGCUGGGACAACAGGUGUAAUUCCUAUGCCUCCUCUUGGCACCCAAGCACCUGCAUCUGUACCUGGGAGCACUAAUACAACUACUAUUGCUCCUCCAUCAACCAUGGGAGUUACUCCCAUGGCUACACAUAACUCUCUGCCUCAACAAGUGGUCCCUCCAACUAGUGGUUACCAUGCACAACCAGCAAUGGAUCCACAAGCAGCUUCUGCUGUGCCUCCUCCUCCACAAGUUCCCACUGCACCUACGGUAAUGCCUCCAUCUCAACCAGCGAAACUUAAAAAAGGAGUGAAGAGAAAGGCUGAUACCACGACUCCUACUGCGAAUUCUUUUGAACCUCUAUAUAAACUGGAUCCUAAAAAUGCCAAAAUACCCACUAGACGAGAGUCUGGUCGACAAAUAAAGAAGCCAACGAGGCAAGCGGAAGACGGCUUAGUGCCAUUCCACCAGGCCAACAUGCCUCUGAUCGGGGCAAUGGCCCAACAGCCUCAGCAUACUACUGGGAAGUCGAAAGAAAAACUUUCAGAAGCUUUGAAAUCUUGUAACGAGAUUUUAAAAGAAUUAUUCUCAAAGAAACAUUCGGGAUAUGCAUGGCCAUUUUACAAACCAGUUGAUGCAGAACUCUUGGGCCUCCACGAUUAUCAUGACAUUAUCAAGAAACCAAUGGAUCUUGGUACUGUAAAGACAAAAAUGGAUAAUCGUGAAUAUAAAACAGCACAAGAGUUCGCUAGUGAUGUAAGACUUAUAUUCACUAAUUGUUAUAAAUACAAUCCUCCUGACCAUGACGUUGUUGCAAUGGCUAGGAAACUUCAAGACGUUUUUGAAAUGAGGUAUGCGAAAAUUCCGGAUGAACCAAUGGGAAGUAUGGUUGGCAUGAAAGGUAGCAGUAGUAGUGCUAGCAGUUCCGGAUCUGAAAGUUCUUCGGAGAGUGAUGAUUCAGAUGAAGAACGUACUCAAAAAUUAGUUGCUUUACAGCAAGAGCUGAAAGCUAUGCAAGAACAAAUGAGGAAAUUAGUGGAAGAGAGUGGUAAGAAGAAAAGUAAAAAAAAGAAGCCAGAUAAGACAAAAUCAAGGCCAAUGAGCAAUAAAAGUAGUAGCCUAGUUGCCAGUCAUACUGGUGCCAUGAAAGAACUAAUGAAACCAAGUGGUGGAAUCCCAAGUGUCUCUGAUAGUGUUGGUGCUAGUAUAGCCAGUGUUGCAAUGGGAGCGGGUGAUUUAAAAAUGCCUGGUGGUAUGGGUGGUGAUCUUCAUCAUCCUGCAAUAGCGGUAGGACCUAACAAAACUCAUGCAACAGGAAGCAUGAGUCAUCAUCUACCAACGGCGGCAAAUGCUAAGCCAAAGGGAAAAGGAAGAGGGCCUGGGAAAGCUGCUACAGCAAAUACGGCAAAUAAGAGGCCAAAAGCAAAUAGCAGAUCAGCUGGGACUAAGAAGAAAAACGCUAGUAGUCAACCGCCACCCAUUACAUUUGACUCAGAAGAUGAAGAUAAUGCUAAGCCAAUGUCUUAUGAUGAGAAAAGGCAACUUAGUUUGGAUAUUAAUAAAUUACCUGGAGAUAAAUUAGGACGUGUUGUGCACAUAAUACAAUCUCGGGAGCCUUCAUUGAGGGAUUCCAAUCCAGAUGAAAUUGAGAUUGAUUUUGAAACAUUGAAACCAUCCACACUGAGGGAAUUAGAAAGCUAUGUCGCUUCGUGUCUUAGAAAAAAGCCACAUAAAAAAGUCAGUGGUAAAUCUAAGGAUGAACAAAUGGCAGAGAAAAAACAAGAGCUAGAGAAAAGAUUACAAGACGUUACAGGGCAAUUAGGCAAUGUUAAGAAAACAGCUAAGAAAGAGGACAGUAGUAAAUCAGUCGAUGUAGUUGGAACUGGAGGAGCUAGUGGGCCUUCACGAUUGUCAGCAUCGAGCAGUAGUAGCAGUGAUAGUGAUUCCAGCAGUAGUUCUCUUUCUUCGAGCUCCAGUGAUUCAAGCGACAGUGAAGCAGGAAACUCUUCAAAUCGUCCUCCAAGAAAGAAAGCAAAGAAGAGUACACCAAGUACUGGACCACCUUCGACAACGACUACGGUUACAUCGGCACCACCUACCUUGAAUCAUACCGGAGGUCUUUUAAUGAACAGUCAACCUCCAACAAAUUCUACGGGACCAAUAACGAAACCAGCUGUAACUCAAUCUAGCAGCGUUGCUUCAGAGCAAGGUGGUAAUAGUCAACAGUCUGUGGCAGUAGCAACUGUUACGACUGGUCAAGGAAUGCCUGUAGCAAGUCACGCAUCCUUGCCAGCGCAACCACCGCGAUCCACGGCUAUGGUUACGACUGCUCCUGUAAAAAAACCUACACCGCCACCGGCAAACACAUCUAAUCCACCAACUCCACCACCGAGUGUUACACCUACAAAUACGAAUUCUAUAGUAGCUUCACCGGUUGUGCCUCAGCCACCACAGCCACCGACAUCCGUCAGUUCCUUCUCAAAUGCAAACACACCUGUAACUACAGACGGGGCAACUUUAACUCAACAGUCAGAUCUUUUGCAACCGUACAAUACUCUAGCUCCUGUGCCUACUACGCAAACGUCAUUGGAACAAACGAUGUCAUUAAAAAAAAAGUCGCACAUACCAAUGAUUCAAACACCACAUACGACAAAUAAUAAUACAAAUUUAAAUUUACUGCCUGAUGUAAAAACGUCAGUGAAUAUGAUGCCUGCAAGUAUGGCAUCUAAUUUAAAUUUGGGAAAUAUUACCAUGGCAAAUCUUAAUAUGAAUUUGUCGCAAGGAUUGGCCACGCAUAUGUCAAUGCACAAUCAACUAGAGAAUAUGAUAAAUACAACAUCACCAUUGACCAAUAUACAAAAUUCUCAUAAUGCUACAAUGUCGCAACAGCAUUCCAAUGGAUUUUCCAAUAUUAAGCGUGAGAAUUCUCCGCCCAAUAUGCUGAAUAAUAAUGGUAUACCUGGUCUUAAUAUGGGUAAUAUGAAUAUGGGUGGAAUGGGUUCAAUUUUUGAUCCUAUGCCCAUCGUUUCUAUGCCAAUGCAAAUAUCUCAAAUGCCAAUCAAGAAAGAAGAAAAGUCGAUAUCAGUUUCUCAGUCACAAAUGCCACAAAAAUCUAUGGAUGCCGGAGCUCUUUUUGCAGAAAUGAGUACAGGAAUGCCACCAAUGGGAAAUCAUUCGAGUUCGCAGCUCAUGCCUGAGAAAAAGAUGACACCACCUGAUUCGAAAAAUCCCGUGUCGAAUUUUGCCUCAGCUUUUAAAAACAAGACUGUAGAACAAAAUGUGAAAAAUGCUUCAUCGUGGUCAUCUUUAGCACAAGCAUCGAGUCCCCAAUCUGCGGCAGGAAGUAGCAUGAAAAGCGCUGCACAGGAUUCAUUCCAAGCAUUCAAAAAGCAAGCAAAGGAAAAACAAGAUAGGCAAAGAGCUCUGUUGGAACAACAAGAAAUGCGUAGACAACAAAAAGAACAAGCAGAACGAGAGCGCUUACGGCAAGAGAGCGAAAGAAGAAGAGAACGGGAAGAAGAAGAUGCAUUAGACAAAGUUAGGAAAACCGUUGGUGAUCAACAAGGAAACGUCAUGACUGCUACAUCAAGGGCAGAAGAGGUCAAAGCUAUUGUCGAUACUGAUAGUAGUAGUCCAAGUCAUUCAUCCGGUCAAGACAAAGCUGCAGCUGAAAGAGAACGUCAAAGACUACGAGAGCAAGAACGACGACGGCGCGAGGCAAUGGCUGGACAAAUUGACAUGAACAUGCAAAGCGAUUUGAUGGCUGCGUUUGAGGAAUCGUUAUAAUGUUAUUUGCUGCUCAUUGUAAAUCCACUAAAACCGGGCAGGACUUGGAUGAAUGUGUGGCGCUGGACGAUAUUGAAGAAACGUAUUAAUAUAUACGUCAGUCAAUAACAAAUAAUAAUAAUAAUAAUAAUAAUAAAAAAGAAACAAUAGUAAAAUAAAAAUAAACUGAACAAGAGAUCGGUGUAACAGUAAAAAAAUACAAUGGUGGUGCGAGUUGGGACAUUCCAACAGAAAACGCUAGCUUCGUUGUUCGAGUGAACUGGACUACGAAGAGACAGUUGAUGAAACGAUGGAAAACUUGUGUGUAAUCGACGGAUACCUAAGUGUGACGUACUGUAAUUAGAUAAAUACUUACACGAUACUUUGAAAAUGCUACACUAACUAUUGUGUUACAUUUUUCCGGUUUUCAUAAGUUUGUACUUUAUGUAAAUUUGGAAACAAAACAAAAAAAAUAUUACGAAGAAGAUAAGUGAACGAAAGAAAACGUAUGAGAGAGAGGGAGAGAGUAUAUAUUACGUGCGAUCAACGAAUGGAUGGAUGAGUAUGAGAGCAUGGGGGGAGAAUAAAAGUUGUGUGUAUAUUUAGUUAAGUUUUAUAUUUUUCCACGUUCAGUCAUUAAUCGUUGGUAGGAUUACAUAGACAGUGUUUCUGCCAAUAAUACAUAUAAUUAUUAGCAAUUACUAAUAAUUUCAUCGGAUAUUUCUUUCUGGAUUAUGAAUAUAUACUAUUUGUAAUCACGAAAUAGAUAGGCUUGUUAAGUCAAUAAUAUAGAAAAAAAUAUACCUAAUGCGGACAUACCCAUUGAUGAAUUUAAUCGUAUUGAUCGUUACGAUAGCCCAAUCUAUAUCGAUUUCAAUCGACUUGGAAAUUAGAGAGGGCCAAUCGAUUGAUUUGGAGAAAAAAGGAAAAAGAAAGAUGGAGAAAGAAAUAUUUGUAAACUCACCUUAGAAAAAAGUCGUCAAUUAUUACGAAUAAUGGUAAGGUGAUUAUAGAAUGAUGUAGUAUCAAUCCUACCAACCUUUAGAUCAGAUUCCACAUAUGUACCUAAUCCUUGGUAUACUCUAAGAUCACAGAAACAGAAAGUGUAACACGGUACCGACUCGUAAAUGAAACAUUAUCUAGAAAAGAAUUACGGGUUUUUCUUUUUCUCUUUUUUUUCCCUCUUUUUUUUUAUUUUUCUUUUUUUUUUUUUUUUUCUUUCUUCUUGUGACAAAAAUGAACUGUUUGUGUGAAAGAAUUUAUUAGAAAGAGGGUCAGAAGCAAAUUAUUAAGAUGCAAGGGGUAUUUCUUUCAAGGGGUCAUGAUCAAAAUUUUACAAAAAGAACUCGACCUUUUGUACGUUGUACGUGUUGUAUGUGUAUGUGAUCUGCCAAUAAUAAGCGUAUCCCAAGUAGAAACAUUCAAUCGGCAAAAACAGUACAAAAAACGAUAUCUAAUUGAAAAACUGAUUACUGAUUGAAGUGCGAAUUUAUUGCUGCUAUUACUGCUAUUAUUCUGCUACUAUUACAAAGGGAUUCAUUUUUAAAGAAAUAUUUCAAUUUGUAGAAGUUACGAUAAUAAUGGCGAUAGUAGUACACAGACAUUACGUGAUAACAAUAAUUAUUAUGUGAACUAUAUCAUUAUUAUCAUUAUUAUUAUUAUUAUUAUUAUUAUUAUUAUUAUUAUCAUAAUUAAUAUUAAUUAUUAUUAUUAUUAUUAAUAAUAUUAUUAAUAUUAUUAUUAAAUUAUUUCAUUAAAAGGAAUUUUAUUUUUUUUAAGAGCCUUUUCAAACCUGCAAUAUCUUUCUCUUUAUUGUAGCGUGACAAAUGAGUUUUAUUUGGUGUUAAAGAAACGCUACGCUCGCAUAAGCUGUUUGUGGUAAAACAUGUUGGAUUUUAUUUUUAUCUUAAUUCGGAAGAGUUUAUUGUUCGCAAAUGCAUGUUCCUCUUUACGUGAUACUUAGAACAAAUAUUUUGCAACUGCAAACAAUGCGAAGAUCUUUUAUGAUAUUCAGAGAAGGACGUAUACGCAAUUUGGUACAUACUUUGAUAGACGAUGAUUACAACAUCGUCAGAAUGAGCUCGUUUUGCUCUCAAGUAAUUGUCGUUUUCGCUUUAUAUCAAAGCGUACACGAUAUCGAUGGUAGAUCACCAAUACGUAGCGUUUAAUUUUAUUUAUUCUGCGUUUCUUUUAACACGAUUUAUCAUGGUAUCGUAUUAUUCGGCUUUUGAAAAACCUGAUGGAGUUUAGCGUUGUCGUUAAAAAAGAAUUGUGUCAUUUUAAAGAUCGGCCGUGCCAUUUUAAAGGGAAAUUUUUCGAGAAAAAUUUCUCGAAAGGCACGACCGAUGAGACAAAAAAUGUCGACUAACGUUUAAAUUGCUAUGUACCUCGCCGAAAGAUGACCGUAGUUAGCGACAUUACAGCGUAUACAAAUAAUUUAUUAUUACACACGACUUUAGACCUGAUUCUGUCGCGUUAAAUUUAUUUUGUAUAGUCUUUCGGGUUUAUCGAGCGUUUUUUCUAAACUGGAUCGCAACUGGACUACUUCGUGUGGAAGAACGUGUCCGGAUGACGAACAGGAAACUGUAGGAGGCAUAACAAUGCUAAAGAUCACGAAAGAUAGAUACACGAUCAUUAGUAUUCACAUUUGUAAAGUAACGUUAAUUGUAUGUGUGCGUGUGUAUGAUUUGUUUAGUUACGUAUAAAUUACGACCAGCCAAGAGAAACGUAAAUUGCAAAUGUAAGUGCAUCGAUGCACCGACUGGAGAAACGUAAUGAUCGAACCAUAAUGUCGUAAACAAUCGUUCGAAGUAUUCGUCGGGUACAACGAUCAAAUUUACUGUGCGAUGUGGUUGUUUCUGGUCGAUUGAAAUAUCGCGCGAGGAAACAGGAUCGCAGGGAAACGGUUCGAAAUAUGACUGACGCAAUAAAAUGGAGAGGAUAGACAAAUUUUUGAUCGUAUUCGUACCGAUAUUUGCAAUCCUGUUUUCGUUGCUAAGUGCAUCGGAGAUGAACAAGAAACAUGUUGAUAGCGAUAUAAUAAGUAUCCAGCUAUGGAAUGGCUCUUUGUUCUCACGUGUUGUGUGCGCUUUCAUAUCAGUACGAUCACACGUUCGUUGAUCGUCGAUACUAAUUCUAGCAAUACCAAGUAGACUAUCUUACAUCUUUCUUUUUUAUUUUACAUGCCGGAAUUGUUUCCGGAUGUUUGUCAAUCAAAAUUCAAGAUUUACGAUGAAAUCUUGGCUCUCGACCUCUAGCAAUCUAUUUACAGCGAAACUGACGUUCGCGUCUUAGCAUGUAUAAUGAUUUAGUCAUCCAUAUGUUAAUUGUUGUUGUAUGCACUUAACGCGAUAGGGCAAUUUCUCGCGAGGAUGUCGGUAAUUGCGAAAUAAAGGAAAGCGAGAAAUGAUCGAUCGUGUUUUCUGUUCUUGUAAAUUAGAGUGUUCUUUCGGUAUAAAGUGAUGUUUCCAGGAGAUAUUGGAAUUGUCCUAGAUAUAAAUCGAAUGAAGUUUAAGCGUAAGCGUAAUAAAUAUGCCGUUUUCGUUCAUUAAUGUUUAAUCAUUAUCGGUAUUGAAGCAAGAUUUUUCGAGGAUAUGUGUAUUGGCGUGUAUCGGCAAAUAUAAUUGUAAAUUCAAUAUAUUUGAUAUUCGAGUAUGAUCGUGGUACGCUAUAAUGCGAUGUAAUAUAUGACAUAGAAUGUUAGCAGAUAAGAAAAAAGAAAACAUUGAGAUGUCAUGUCAUAUUAAACAUAAUCGAUUUUUUCUGUCCAGAAAUAUCAUACAACCAGAAACAUGAUUUUUCAUGGAAGAGAAAGUCGUUUGCAAUAGUUUAAAUAUUUUCGUGUACAAUUAGUAUAUGUUUAUCUUCCAGCCAACGCUUUUAACGAUAUUUUUUGUAUAUGUUAUUUUUCUAUUUGUUUAAUCUUUCGUGUUCUGCGUGUAGUUGAUAAUGCGAAACCGUAUCGCUCAGAAAUGAUGAACUCUUCUCUAAACGAUGGAGCAAUGAAAGCUAUGAUUUUAAUUGUUUUUGCUCGAUUAUUGUCUAUAUUGUACCAUUAGACUGACCAAUUGCAAGUGUCUUCGAAUGUUUGGAAGAAUUCCUCUGGUUAUGAAAUUGCGUCGCGUUAAAAUAACGAGCUCAAUAGUGACACGAAUUCUAAAACAACAAAAAAAAAAAAAAAAAAAAAAAAAAAAAAGAAAAAGAUAUUAAGAAGAAAGAAUUAAAAAGAAUAAAGAAUUAAGAGCGUGAGUUUGGUAAAAAGAAAGCGAGAAAGAGAGGCGGCGUGAGAGAAAAGAUAGGCAUAGGAAUGAAAGUGAGAAUGGAAGAGAGCAAGAAGGAAUGUGUGUGCUAGGUAUUAUGAUUGUAUAAUAUAUAGUUUAUAACUGUACAUACGAGGAGAAAUCAUUGGCAGCAAUUUAAACAGAAUAUAUCUAUGUAUAAAAAGUAAUAAGUAAUAAUAUACACACCUCUAUAUAUGUGAUAAGGUUUGUAAUAUUUAAGGGAGGCCGAUAGAUUGUAUUAACCUACUAGAGAUCUCAGUAUAAGUUACUAGGUAAAGACGUAAUAAUUCGUAAGUAACACCAAAAUCACUCCGCUGUAUCAAAAAUAUCAAAAAAUAAUUUUUUAUAUAAGUUCCCACGAGCGCACAUCAUCUCCAAUAGCACACAAGUUUUAGUAGACUUAUUACCGAUAGCGAGACAUUAAGCUGGUUGUACAUAAAUAAUAAUGAUGAAAUGAAGAAUAAAUGGCUAAAAUAAAAA